AUGCUGCACAGUAUCGCGGUUCUGUUGAUCUGGGUGAGCGGCGCUGUUGCUGCACUGAUUCCUCUGGGUGAGAAGCUGAAUGACCGGCCGGUUAUAGGUAUUUUAACUCAGGAGGUUACAGAUCCUGCAUUGAUGCCAUAUGGAAAAUACUACAUCCCUUCAUCUUAUGUAAAGUACAUUGAAUCCGGUGGGGCCAGAGUGGUACCAAUUAGAUUGAAUCAGUCCAUAGAAGAUCAUGAGAAAAUCUUCAACGCGGUCAAUGGACUUCUUCUAAUUGGUGGGGCAUCAAACCUGGAAACAUCUGAAUUUGCUCACACUGCUGGACUUUAUUUCCAACUCGCUCUGAAGGCCAACAAUUUAGGUGAUUACUUCCCCAUCUGGGGAACAUGUCUGGGCUUUCAGCUUCUCACAGUCCUGGUGGCUGAGGAAAACCUGUUAAGCAAUACUACCACAGAGAACAUUGCACUGUCUCUGAACCUCACCUCAGAGGCUUCGAACAGCCGCAUCUUUGCUAGUUUCCCUCCUGAUCUGUUUAAAGCUCUUUCAGAAGAAGCACUGACUGGAAAUUUUCACCAUUAUGGAGUGACCAAGCAGGUGUUCAUGGAAAAUAAAAAGCUGAGCAGCUUCUUUUCUGUCCUGUCUUUGAACACAGCGAAGAAUGGAGCUGUUUUUGUUUCAACAGUGGAGGGCAAGAAGGAUCCCUUCUAUGGGGUUCAGUGGCAUCCAGAAGUGAACCGUUUUCAGUGGCACCCUAACUACAGUUUUCCUCAUUCUAAAAAUGCUGUACGUUUGUCAUCACUGCUGGCGGAGUUUUUUGUGAAUGAAGCAAGGAGAAGCUCACACCACUUCAGUCAUGCAGAGGAGGAGAGCAAAGCACUUAUAUACAACUAUAAUCCUGUUUAUGCUGAAAAAAUAAGUGCAUAUGAGCAAGUCUACUUUUUCUAAACAGCAAACCUUUUUUGUUUAAGCAGAUUUUAAGAUUUUAAACUUCUCAGGGACUUUCAGAAUCAAUGUGAAUUAUAUUUUUGUGUAUUUUUGUACAUAAUGGUAAUGGACAAAAUAACAGAAACAUGUCUAUAGUAAAAUAGGGUUGCUAACACGAA